GAGAAAUAUGGCUGGUUCAUUAGUUAGGUGGUUAAGGGGAUUGUAUGUUUUAUUCUUGGUAUGUCUUCUCUCUGCCUCUGCUUUUCUGAAUUUAGAGGAGCUAAAUGAAAUGAAAUAUGGAAUUCAAAUUCUGCCCGACCCCGUUAUUAUGGGACAGAUGGAGGAUGUAAUGUUUGUAUCCAAUAAGUACAAGCAGCUUUAUGAGUGUCGGUUGCCUGCUCAGGCAGUGAGGUUCCACCUGGAUCCUGUGUCUGAAGUGGACUCUCAGGGCUACAGUGGCCCAGAGGUCCCAGAGCUCCUGAAGCCCAUGCAGACUGCACCCUGCUUGGUCAAGACUAAAGACUGGUGGACCUAUGAGUUCUGCUAUGGCCAGCAAAUUAGACAAUACCAUUUGGAAGAUUCAGAGAUUAAAGGUGAUGUGCUAUUUCUUGGUUAUUUUGAGUCUGAAUUUGACUGGACCAAUGAAACUGCUAAGGCCUCUAAACAACACAAGCUAAAGAGAUAUCACAGUCAGUCAUAUGUCAAUGGCUCCAAGUGUGACCUGAAUGGCAGCCCUAGAGAGUCGGAAGUCAGGUUUGUGUGUGAGGAGGGUUCGACUGAUUAUAUAGCUCGUGUGGAUGAGCCACAGUCCUGUCGCUAUGUUCUUACAAUACACACCUCUCGAACAUGCCAACACCCGCUCUUGCAGCCACCCUCCUCUGCCAAGCCCCAAGCUAUUGUGUGUCAGCCUGCUCUCAGUGCCCAGCAGUACAUGGACUAUGUCAAAGCUCAAGUGUCUGACACUAAGCGUAAAGUAGAGCAGAUCUCAGAAGAGCUGAAAACCUUGGAUCAAAUUUUGUCCAAGGAUGAAAGCACUGAAGGUACAGGAAAUGAUCAAAUGGAUGAAGAGCCUGUAAUAUCUGCUGAUAAACCUGUUAUAGGGUCUGAAGUCAAAGAGGCUGUAUUGGCAGAAGGUGAGUCAGCGAGUGAGGAGUCAGAGGAUAGAGAUUUCUGGGAGGGAGUUAUCAAACCAGAGAGCACAGACCCACAGACACCUGAUCUACAGGAGUCUGGCGGUGCUCAAGAUAACCAGCCUGAGGAUAAUGACUUAUUUGCAGAAGAAAAGUUUAAUUUUAAAAUAAUUACUGACCCUGCAGACCUGAUGAAGUUUGUCCAGCACCUCAGGGAGAGUAACAGAAACUAUAAGAAGGAACAGCUCAAAAAUAAGAAGAGCCAGUCUUCAGAGAAUAGAGAAACUGAGGAGGAGAAGAGAGAAGAAAAAGAAGGCAAAGAAGGAGAUGAAGAUGAACAACUUCUUAAAGAGUUUGAGGAAGAAGUGGCAGAUCUCUCAGUAUCUCCCUCAAAGAUAGAGGAGAUUAAAGAAGAGAUGCAGAAAGAGUUUGACAACAUUAUUGAGGAGGCUCAGCAGGAAUUGGAGACUGAAGGUCUUAAAGGGGAGUUUGAUCGCUCCCAGGCAACACAGACUUUGGAGAACACUUUGGGCAAACUGCUGGAUCGUCUCGAGGAUAAGACUGCACAGGAUACUGAAUCAGACACAGAGUCACACACACAUGUGCAUGACAAUAUAGACAGUCCAGCCAAGAGGGGGGACAGCGCUGCUCAUGACAACCCAAACCUCGUCCCCAAAACCCCAGCGCAGGAGCAUGGCAGUGGAGAGCAGGUAAAGAUCAGGGUGACUAAGUAUAAGGUGGGUGGAGACGUGGCCUCAGGAGCUGUUGUUGGGGGCGACGGUCGUGAGGGGGGUGUGAAGGUGCAAGAGCUGGGCGAAAGUGACCCCCAGUGGCAGCAGAUUCAGGAAGUGGUCAAAGAACAGCUAGAAAGAGCUGGCAUCAAGGCCGAAGGCAAGAUAGAAGUAAAGAUUUUGACACGCAAAACAGCAGAGGAGGCCGGAGACCAGUGGUUGAGUGAGGAAGAUACUAAAUCUUUUAGAGAACUACUCAUAAACCUGCUGACUGGAGGAACAGAAGAAGUGUACAAAGAGCAGAAGAGACAACAGGAACUGGAAAACAACUAUAGAUUUGUCUGGGGAGAGAAACAAGAUGAGAGCCAAUCUACAGGAACCAGUGAAUCUGAUGAACUAGACUUUUGAAAGUCUUUCCCUCCAUAUGCUUUCACCUCAGAGAGGUAGAAGGGAGAAAUUGUAUUUUGAAAUACAGAAGAACUCUCUCAAGGCCGUUUAGCCCUUGCUUGGACUGCAGUUGUCAUGAACACUGUCUUUCAUGUUGUGAGAAGUUGUGCAAGUGGUUUAAUCAAACUGUCCCCUGAAUGAUUGUCACUAAACUUAAGAGGGUAUUAAAGCAUUCAUCACAUGCCUGUCACAGUCUAGUAGGAGCUUCAUAGUCAAAAAGAAAUUGUAAAAUGUCUCUUGGAUUACAUUUUCUUAUGAUUUUCCAGUGACGGACAUUAUUUAACACAGAUGCCACUGUUAUUGAACAGGAAUUCCCCCACAGCUGUUUCUUGUUGAUGCUGCCUGUCUUAGCAAUGCUAUUUAUAUUUGUAUGUGUGUCUGUGUGUCUUAUGUUGAUCGAUUCCAGACUGUUAAUGUGUCUCUUUCAGGGGUGACAUUGCUUUAAGACAGCCUGGACAGGCGUUCUGAUUCACAGGGUCCUCUCUGCUUUGGUUACCCUUUCAUUCCCAUAUAUCAUAUAUCUAUACAACUCUUAACAAAUUUAAGCAAUUGUAUGUUUUUAAAUCUACCCCUGAGGGUUUGAGAAUUGUUUUGAGGAAACUUUGGAGAGUUUAUAGCACUUUAAAUAAAUAAGCACUGUUUAGAAUCUUAAUUGUGGAGGCACCAAACAAUCAGGACAGAUGUGGGAAUACAGCAUACAGUGAGGGAGUCUUUGAAAUGAGAUUACUGAGAAUGACAUUUGGAAAAACAUGGCACAAGAUUCUUUUAAAAGUAUUAGACAAAAGACAGGGUAAACUCUACCCACAUAUUAGAACUCUGACCUAGUACCUUCCACAACUAAGUGCUAGGCAAGGUACUAUGAUAUGAUAUACAGUCAUUACUUGUAUGAUUGAGUAUUUCUCAUGAAUGAUUGAUUGAUUGAUUGCUUUUGAGGAUUUUAUUAGUAAGAUCAGUGUUGCAGUAUUGGAUUUUUAGAUGACCUAAAUUUGUAGCAGUUACUGCUUCUCAAAAAUGUUUGAGCUUUAAAGUAGUUUUAAUAAACAUACAAUAGACCAGGUUUAUGUUCUGCAGACACUUAACAAUUCAGAGUUAUAGUCCUGCAGAGGAACUACACCUGUUUAAUAAGCAGGUUGUCCUCAUACCUGCGUAACUAUAUAAAAGAACAUGUCUAAACCAUAUUCUGAUUGAACAGUGACACGUCUUCUACAUAAAGUAUGUCUGGCAUGAAUGUGAGAUUUAUUUAUUUUUACUCCUAAAUGUAUAGCUUCUGUUCAGAUGUUGCCAACAAAUAAGGGCUCUCUUUGGAAACAUGACUAGCUUGCCCUUAAAAUAGCAUUGGGGUAUUGGGAAUGGAGUAAUUUGAGUGAGUAGAUUUUUCGGUUUUGUAGUAACAAACCACUGGGUCAUAGUUUUGGCUUUUGAUGAAAUGUGCUCCACGAAGGUAUAGCUUUAAACUAUUUUAAAUGCAGAAACCAGUAGUCCUUUACCUGAAACCAGUAGAUAUUUUAAAAUGCAAUCUGGUGGCUCAAUAAGGUAAGAACAUUAUUCAGCACUCAGUGUGCUAAUGGCUUUAAAUAAUCUUUUUGGUUAUACAUAUUUGUAGAUUACAAAAAUCUUUCGGCAUCACUGUGUGGUUUUAAAUUAUAAUUAGCAGGUAAAUCCCAUUCAUCCUUGCUCUCAGAAACAAAGUUAAUUUGACAUUUACAAAUUUCAUUCAGUAUUUUUUCAGUAUUUAAGUUUUUAAAAAGACUAAAAGUGCAUAAUCUUGUCUUUAUCAUUGACAUGAGCUAUCACCUUUUAAGAAUAAUCUUGGGGUGCAUUUCUCAAAGCCUUUGUAGCUGUCAUUGCCCAUUCAUGUUUACUUACCAAAAUGUACAACACAUUGCUACUAAAGAACACAAUAAAAUAUGAAAAUUA